AUGAGCCCAUCGCUUCUAAUGUUUCUUCUCAAUGUAGACAGGUUCAGCCCCCCAAGAAAAUUGAAGCUAAAUGUGGAUGCAGAUCUUACAUUGGAUGGUGAUGGUUACGGUGUUGGAGGAGUGAAGCUGACACUCUGCAACUUUUCUGGGUUUUUUUGGAAGAUGGUUUCAGUUGAGCGAUCCGCAGUUACCCCGAGUAAAAGUAGGUGGGUACGCACUUUCUCUAAAAUUUUGCACAUUGGAGAUGUGACGGCGAAAAGUUCUGUUGAUCAAAUCCAAAAGACUACAAUCGAUGAGAAGAUAUCUAAUGAUCCGAAUAAAAGUACCCAACUUCCCUUCGGUGAUAAGGACGAGGAGAUUCGAGAUAGGGCAGUGAAAGAAGCUUUUCUUUCCAAACUUUUUGCUAGCCUAUCUACUGUUAAAGCCGCAUAUGCCCAGUUGCAGUUUGCGCAAUCUCCUUAUGAUGCUGAUGGGAUUCAAUCUGCAGAUCAGAUUAUAGUUUCCGAGCUAAAGAAUUUGUCUGAACUGAAGCAGUGUUACAUGAAGAAUCAAUUGGAUGAUACAUCUCCAGAGGCUACUCAGAUGUUGGCUGAAAAUCAGGAGCGGAAGAGUCUGCUGAGAACUUAUGAAAUUAUGAGUAAGAAAUUGGAUUGUCAGCUUAAACUUAAAGACUCUGAAAUAACCUUUCUUAAAGAGAAACUAGCAGAAGCUAACAGGGAUAACAAGUCACUCGAGAUGAGAUUAAAUUCAAGUGAGCAGUUAGCUGUGCCUGACAAUAUUCGUUUGUCCGGGUUGAGCCCCUGCCAUUUUAUUGCAUAUCUAGGGCAGUCAAUAAAAUCAGUUCGGAGUUUUGUGCGAUUGCUAAUUAGAGAGAUGGAAUCUGCGGGGUGGGAUUUGGAUGCUGCAGUGAGUUCGAUUGAACCUGGUGUUUUUUUCUGGAAACCAAACCACAAAUGUUUUGCAUUUGAAUCCUUUGUUUGCAAAGAAAUGUUUGAUGGUUUUAAUUACCCAAAUUUCUCCAUCGAACAAGAGUCCUUGCCUGAGCAGAAAAAACGACGACAGCUUUUCUUUGAUAAAUUCAUGGAGUUGAAAUCUGUAAGACCAGCCGAUUACUUAGCAUGGAAGCCUAAAUCUACAUUUGCGACGUUUUGUCGUACUAAAUACUUGCGACUUGUUCAUCCAAAGAUGGAAACAUCUCUUUCUGGCAAUUUGGAUCAGCGGAAAUCAGUGAAUUCAGGCGAAUAUCUGGAAGCACCCUUCUUCCUGUCAUUUGCAGCGAUGGCAAAGCACAUAUGGCUCCUACACUGCCUAGCCUUUUCUUUUGAUCCCGAAGUCUCAAUCUUUCAAGUGACCAAGAAGAGUCAUUUUUCUGAAGUUUAUAUGGAGAGCUUAAGCGAUGAGGCUUUCUUUUCAUCGGAUGGCACACUGGAAAACAACCCUCUUGUGGCUUUCACAGUGGUUCCAGGAUUCAGGAUUGGGAAGACUGUUAUUCAAUGUCAGGUGUAUCUUCAAUCAUGA